GUUUAUUCUGAUUGACAACCUUAUCACCACAUUCAAAACAAAGUUUCAUUAUUUAGGAUUAUAGCAUAGCCAACUAGAAACAAUGUGUUGCAAGCAAAAUUAUCAUUUUGAGGUCAAAAGUUGCUCCAUAAAUUUAGUGGAUUGUGGAUUUGUAGUCAUCUUGAAUUGAUGGUUAGGAUAGAAAAUGUUUUCAAAACCAAAAAUCGUGUUCAAAAGUUUGAGAACGGUGAAGAAUUUCUACAACACCAGUGCAAAUGUUAUAAAAACCCAAGUAGACCCGCAGUCGGAUCAUUUCAUUGAAAACCAUGGCCAGAUGUCACAACUUGUGGAAAUCCUCAAGAAGAAAACUGAUAAUGUCCUUCGUGGUGGAGGUGAAAAAGCUGUAACAAGACAUACUUCCAAGGGUAAACUAUUGGCUAGAGACAGAAUCAAUCUUCUGCUAGACAAAAACACUGCUUUCCUUGAACUUUCUUCCUUAGCUGCAGAUGAAAUGUAUGAUGGAGACAUUCACUCUGCAGGAAUCAUCACAGGAAUAGGCAAAAUCCAUGGUAAAGAGUGCAUGGUUGUAGCAAAUGAUGCCACUGUGAAAGGAGGCACUUACUAUCCCAUAACUGUGAAGAAACAUGUUCGAGCUCAAGAAAUUGCACAGGAAAACAAAUUGCCUUGUAUUUAUUUGGUGGACAGUGGGGGUGCAAAUUUACCCCAUCAGUCAGAAGUGUUUCCUGACAGAGAUCAUUUUGGAAGGAUUUUUUUCAACCAGGCAAAUAUGUCCUCUGAAGGAAUAGCACAGAUUGCUGUGGUGUUGGGUUCUUGUACAGCAGGAGGUGCUUAUGUUCCAGCAAUGGCUGAUGAAUCCAUUAUAGUUAAACAACAAGGGACAAUUUUCUUGGCAGGGCCUCCAUUGGUGAAGGCAGCCACUGGUGAAGAGGUGUCGGCCGAAGACCUCGGCGGAGCUGACCUGCACUGCACCACGUCCGGCGUGACCGAUCACUUCGCCCUCGACGACCGGCACGCCCUGUACACGGCCAGACGGGUGGUCGGCAACCUGGGCCGCCCUUCUAACUGUUUUGAAGAGCCCUUCGAGCCGCCCUUGUACCCAGCGGAGGAGCUGUACGGCAUCGUGGACAGGGACGGCAGGAAGCCCUUCGACGUUAGGGAGGUGGUGGCGAGGGUGUUCGACGGAUCGGAGUUCGACGAGUUCAAAAAGAGGUUCGGUGAGACGCUGGUGUGUGGUUUCACAAAACUUUAUGGAAAGACAGUAGGGAUAGUGGGAAACAAUGGGGUGCUAUUCUCAGAAAGCGCCAUGAAGGGGGCCCAUUUCGUACAGUUGUGCACACAAAGGAGGGUGCCCAUCAUUUUUCUGCAAAAUAUCACAGGAUUUAUGGUUGGUAGACAAGCAGAAACUGGCGGGAUUGCCAAACAUGGGGCCAAAUUGGUGACUGCUGUCGCUUGUGCCAAAGUACCGAAAAUCACGGUCAUCAUCGGAGGGUCCUACGGGGCUGGAAAUUAUGGCAUGUGUGGAAGGGCAUACUCCCCCAGGUUCCUCUACAUGUGGCCGAACGCGAAGAUCGCCGUGAUGGGGGGCCCCCAGGCGGCCGGCGUGUUGUCUCAAGUCGCCAGCAGGGGCAAGAAUUGGAGCCAACAACAGAAAGAAGACUUUGAGCGGCCGAUCAUCGAACAGUUCAACAAAGAGGCGUCCCCUUACUUCAGCAGUGCAAGGAUUUGGGAUGAUGGUAUAAUUGACCCAAAGGAUACAAGGAAAGUCUUGGGUUUGAGUUUGGCAGCAGCUCUUAAUAGUGAAUCCAAAGACACUAAAUUUGGCAUCUUCAGAAUGUAGCAUUUAGGAUUUUUUUUAUGAAUUAAACUUGAGUACCUACUG